UAAAAUUCUCAAUCCCUAAAAUUCAGUUUGUUUUUGAGUGGGAGAAGAGGGAAUUUGAGAAAUGGCGGAAAUUGAGAGAAUGCAGGAAGGAAAUAGUGAAGGAGGAUACAAUGGUGAUGAUGGUGGUUGUAAUCAGAAUGAUGAUUCUCGUUCAACAAGAAGUAGAGAAAGAGAUAGAGACAGUGAAAGAGGGAGGGAUGGGGAAAGGGAGAGAGACCACCGUGGGCAUCAUCAUGAACGUUCUUAUCAUAGGGAUCACUAUAGAGGUCGGAGUGAUAGAAGAGACCGUGGAAGAGAUAGAUAUGGGGGUGAUUAUCAUCAUCGGAGUAGUAGAGACCAUGACAGACGUGGAGAUUAUGAUAGAGAUAGAGAUAGAGAAGGAAGACAUAGGUAUAGGUCUCGAUCUCGUUCAAGGGAUAGAUAUGACAAUACAUCGCCAUCUCGAUCUCCAUCACGUUCCGAAAGUAAACGAAGGAGCGGCUUUGACAUGAGAACUCCUUCAGUAGAUGGUGUUGCUCCAGGUGGGCCUCCUCCAAGUAUUCCUAACUCGUUUCCAAACAUGAUGCCCCCACCGCCUGGAAUGCUUGAAACCCUCCACAUGAUGCCAACUCAGGCUAUGAUAGAACAGGAUACACGACAUGCUAGGAAGGUCUAUGUUGGUGGCCUUUCUUCCAUGGCUAAUGAGCAGUCGGUGGCCACCUUUUUCAGUCAGGUUAUGGAGGCUGUUGGUGGAAACACUGCCGGUCCAGGGGAAGCUGUUGUUAAUGUAUACAUUAACCAUGAGAAGAAGUUUGCUUUUGUGGAGAUGAGGUCUGUUGAGGAGGCCAGUAACACAAUGGCUUUAGAUGGCAUCAUUUUUGAGGGAGCACCAGUGAAAGUUAGGAGGCCUAGUGAUUACAAUCCUUCUCUUGCUGCAACACUUGGACCAAGUCAACCAAGUCAACUUUUGAACCUUGCGGCUGUUGGGCUAUCACCGGGGUCUGCUGGUGUUCUUGAGGGGCCUGAUCGCAUCUUUGUUGGUGGCCUUCCAUAUUACUUUACAGAAGUGCAAAUAAGAGAGCUGUUAGAGUCUUUUGGGCCUCUUCGAGGAUUUGAUCUAGUCAAAGACAGGGAAACAGGGAACUCCAAAGGCUAUGCCUUUUGUGUGUAUCAAGAUGUCUCAGUCACAGGUAUAGCUUGUGCAGCUCUUAAUGGAAUUCAAAUGGGUGAUAAAACUCUAACGGUUAGGCGUGCAAACCAAGGAACAACCCAGCCUAAGCCUGAGCAAGAGAAUGUAUUAUUACAGGCACAAGAACAGGUGGCAUUGCAGAGGUUUGUCUUCCAAGCUGGUUCCCUUCCUACGAAGGUUGUAUGCUUAGCCCAAGUUGUUAGCGCAGAUGAACUAAAAGAUGACGAAGAGUACGAGGACAUAGUGGAAGAUAUGAAAACGGAGGGUGGAAAAUAUGGUUCAUUGAUGAGUGUUAUCAUCCCACGUCCAAUGGCCAAUGGCGAACCAUCUCCUGGAGUUGGCAAGGCUUUCUUAGAAUUUUCUGACACGUGUGGCGCUUCGAAGGCUCGAGCAGGGCUGAAUGGAAGGAAAUUUGGUGGGAAUCAAGUGAUAGCGGUCUAUUAUCCUGAAAAUAAAUUCUCGCAGGGGGAAUAUGAUGCAUAUAUCUACUGAUGUUGUCACCAAGGAACAUUGUUCCUUGUAUGUUUGUAUGUUUUUUCUCGCUUUAGCAUAUAAAGGGCACUUGAGCAGGAGUGAGUGUCUAGCUAACUGGAAUUUUGAUUUGGUAAAUAGAGUUUUUUUAAAUUUUGUCAGGA